CCCACGUGGGAGCCGGAGCGGCACCGGCAGCGGCAUCGGUCCCCCCGGGAUGGCGGGGCUGGAGCUGGUGUCGGACGCGGGGUUUCGGGCCGACGGGCGCCGCCCGGACGAGCUGCGCAAGGUGCGGGCCCGGCUGGGGGUGCUGGCGAGGGCCGACGGCUCGGCCUACCUGGAGCAGGGCAACACCAAGGUCCUGGCGGCCGUGUACGGCCCGCACGAGGUCCGAGGGUCCCGGGCCAAGGCCCCCCCUGACCGGGCUCUGCUGAGCUGCCGCUGCAGCUCGGCCCCGUUCGCGGGGGGCGGGGAGCGGCGCCGGAGACCCCCCCAGGGGGACCGGAGGUCGGGGGAGCGGGCGCUGCUGCUCAGGGGGGUCCUGGAGGGGGCCGUGCUCACCCACCUGUACCCCCGCUCCCAGAUCGACGUGCACGUCCAGGUGCUGCAGGCGGACGGGGGCGAGCUGGGUGCCAGCGUGAGCGCGGCGGGGCUGGCGCUGCUGGACGCGGGGGUGCCCAUGCGGGGGGCGGUGGUGGCCGGUUCGGCCGGGCUGGCCGAGCCCCCCGCGGGGCCCCCCCUGGCCCUGGCCGACCUGAGCGCGGCCGAGGAGGCGGCCGGGGGUCCCCGGCUGGUGGUGGCCACGCUGCCGGCCUCGGGCCACCUGUCCCUGUGCCAGCUCAGCGCCCGCCUGCACCAGGAGAGGCUCCAGCCCGUGCUGGACAUGGCCCAGCGCGCCUGCCAGGGGCUGCACGCCGUGCUGGACGCCGUGGUCAGGGACAGGCUGAGGAGGGACACGGCCAUGAACGAGUGACCG